AUGCUCCCUCUCCUCGUCCUCCUCACCGGACCUGCAGCUGCCCCUACGGUGUCAGCUGCCUCCCUCUUCGGCAUCGCCGACUACACCAAGCUGCUCCCCUACAACCCCGACAUCGCGGACCCGAACUACAUCGUCACCGGGUACCGCGUCAUCGUCCCGUUUCCUUGCUCCUGCCUCGGGCUCCCCGCUGACCCAGCCUCCACCUUCCUCGCUGGGUCGUUCCCCUACACGCUCUCCGGCGGCGGCGAGACGUACGGCGACGUUGCCUCGGAAUUCGCCAACCUCACCACCGCCUCGUGGCUGGCGGCCACCAACGCGGAACCGGCGGGUAAGCUGCCCGCCGCUGGGAAGAUCAAUGUCACCGUGAACUGCUCCUGCGGCGACAGGAGUGUGUCGCGGCGGUACGGGCUGUUCCUCACCUAUCCGCUCUGGGAAGGGGAAACGUUCUCCUCGGUGGCGGAGCACUACGGGUUCUCGUCUCGUGCGCAGUUGGAGCUGCUCAGGAGGUUUAAUCCUGGUAUGGACGGGGCCUCCGGGAAGGGGAUCGUGUUUAUCCCAGUGAAAGGCAAGGCUUCACAAGCUGACGGCAUGAAGGUUGACAGAUCCAUAGAGUUCUCAUAUGAAGAGCUUUCCGAUGCUACAAACAACUUUAGUAUGGAGCAUAAAAUUGGGCAAGGUGGUUUUGGCUCUGUUUAUUAUGCUGAGCUUAGAGGCGAGAAAGCUGCCAUAAAGAAAAUGGAUACAAAGGCAUCUCAAGAAUUCCUUGCUGAACUGAAGGUUUUGACAUGCGUCCAUCACUCGAAUCUGGUGCGCUUGAUUGGUUAUUGUGUUGAGAGUUGCUUGUUCCUUGUUUAUGAAUUUAUUGAGAAUGGAAACCUGAGCCAGCAUCUGCAUGGGACUGGUUAUGAACCUCUCUCAUGGACCAGUAGAGUGCAAAUCGCCCUUGAUUCAGCAAGGGGUCUAGAGUAUAUUCAUGAGCACACUGUUCCAGUGUAUGUUCAUCGGGAUAUCAAGUCUGCAAAUAUCCUGAUAGACAAAGAUUUUCGAGCAAAGGUUGCAGAUUUUGGAUUGACAAAACUCUCAGAAAUUGGAACUACUGCUACAUCACAGUCACUCCCAUCACUACGAGUUGUUGGUACAUUUGGUUACAUGCCUCCAGAGUAUGCUCGAUAUGGUGAGGUUUCUCCUAAGGUGGAUGUCUACGCUUUUGAUAUAGUCCUGUAUGAACUUCUUUCAGCCAAAGAAGCUAUUGUGAGAUCAACAGAAUUCACUGAUGCACAAGGCCUGGCUUAUCUGUUUGAGGAGGAGGCUCUCAGCAUGCCAAACCCCAAGGAAGCUCUUCAGGAACUGAUUGAUCCAAGGCUAGGAGGUGACUAUCCCAUUGACUCGGUUGUGAAGAUCGCGUACCUUGCAAAGUCAUGCACGCAUGAAGAGCCCAGGAUGAGGCCUACCAUGAGAUCUGUAGUGGUUGCUCUCAUGGCGCUUUCAUCCAAGGACCAUGAGCUAACUCGGGGACAGGAUUAG